CCGACCCGUUAACAGUGCCAGAGUUGACAAAAUCCGUUUCCAAUAACUAUCUCAAAUAUGCUGCUUCAGUUGUGCUCCACAGUGCUGAUUGGCCUUGCACUAGGCGCCAGUGGUGCCUCCAAUUUUCCUGCUGAGCUGCCGCGUUGCCAUUUCGGUGAUACCCAGUGCAUUAUUGAUGUAUCCCAUACGCUGGUGCGGCAAUAUGCACGCACGGGCCUUGCGUCAGCGGCCUUUCCACAGGUGGAGCCUUUCCUGGUUAAGCGCUUUGACAUUUCGGACGGACGCAGUGGCUCGCUGAGUCUCAAGCUUAACUUCCGCGAUGUCAACGUGGAGGGUUUGUCCGGCGUCAAGUUUGACAGAGCGGUUGGCUUUCAGGCAAAUCCUGCUACCAGCAAGUUUGAAAUGUACGGCUCAUUCCCGAAAAUUGUGCUGCGUGGCAAGUACUUGGCUGAUGGACGUAUUUUGAUCCUACCUAUUCGGGGCGAUGGCGAUGCUGACAUCACCCUGCACAAUCCCAAGUUCUCCGUCAAGUUCAAGCCGAGCACACAGGUGCGCAAUGGACGCACCCAUCUGAGCGUGGACAAGCUCAAGGUACUCGUAGAGCCACAAAAAAUGAACAUCAAGCUGACGAAUCUCUUUAAUGGUGAUAGAGCGCUGGGCAGCAAUUUGAAUCAGUUCCUCAAUGAGAAUUGGUCCGAUGUCUGGAGCGAGCUGCAGCCCUCGGUGCAUGUGGCCAUUGCAGAGAUUAUGAAGAGCAUUCUAUCAACACUCUUCAAGCGUUUCGCCUACGAGGAUAUCUUCUUGGAGGGCUCUGACGAUCCCAAGCCCUGUAAAUAUGGCGAUUCAGAGUGCAUGGUGAAGAUAAUUAAUUAUUUAAUAACCGAGAAGUCAACGGUGGGAGAUCGGGAUAUAAACCUGGUCAAACUUGAUCCUUUGCCGGUGGCCAAGAUGAGCGUCAAGCAGGGUGAGGAUAGUCCAGUCAACAUUGAUCUUACUUUCAUCGAUAACAAUAUCGAAGGCAUAAGCACACUGAAGUUCAGCAAAGUCAAAGGUUUCGGUAAGGAUUUAGCCAAAAAGCACGAGCUACAGUUUAAUGCUGCGAAAUUGUCCCUGGUUGGACCUUAUAGUAUCAAGGGAAAAGUUCUAAUACUUCCAAUUAGUGGCACGGGCAAAAGCAACAUGACAUUGGUUAAUUGCGAUGUGUCCGUCGUUUUUACCGGAGAACCCUUUGAAAAGGACGGAGAGACUUACAUGAAGGCAACAAAUUUGAAAAUAAUAGCCAAGCCCGAGCGGUUGUAUUAUUACUUCAGCAAUCUCUUCAAUGGCGAUAAGGCUCUGGGUGAUAAUAUGAACGCUUUCCUAAAUGAUAACUGGGAAGCCAUCUAUAAAGAGGUGCAGAAUUCGAUGCAGUCGGCAUUCUCUGAGAUAUUUCAAGCGAUUAUCUCAAAGGUCUUCUCAAAGUAUCCCUAUGAGAAAUUCUUCGAGGCAUGAAUAUAAUGUAUAUUCAGCAAUAUAAACUUAAAAAAGCUAAGUCAAUAAAAAUGUGAAUAAUAAAUUAUUUGUAUGCUCAAUUGACAGAAGAAAAA